AUGAUGACGCCUAUUGAGGACAAAAAAGAUGAAAAAAUCCGCACCGGCAUGGUGCAGGUGUCGGACGGCAAGUCGCGGCCGCGCGCCGCACGCCUCGUGCUCACCAUGGACGCCGUGUGCGUGCAGCGCGAGGCCUGCGUGCCCGCGCCGGCGCGCGACAAGAGCGUGCCGCACGCCAGGGAGCGUAUGGUCCAAAUAACGCGGCAGAAGGUGGGCGGGCUGGGGCUCAGCAUCAAGGGCGGCGCGGAGCACAAGCUGCCCAUCCUCAUCUCCAAGAUAUACAAGGACCAGGCGGCCGACCAGACGGGCCAGCUGUUCGUGGGCGACGCUGUUAUCAAAGUAAACGGCGAGUACAUAACAGCGUGCAAGCACGACGACGCGGUGAACAUUCUCCGCAACGCGGGCGACAUCGUCGUGCUCACCGUCAAGCACUACCGUGCCGCCACGCCCUUCCUACAGAAGCAAGCGGACGGUGCCUCGGACACGGAUAGCAGCACAGGCGACGAUCAUCCCUCGUUACAUAACAAGCCUGUGGACGCCAACUGCAAUUCGGAACGCAGCGUCGAACAAACCAAUGGCGGCUGGCAGAGCGCAUGGGGCGAUGAAGACAGCCGGCCGGGCAGCGCGGCGGGCUCCACACGAGGCUCGCGCCCGCCUUCCGUGGCGUCCGACCGCCCGCCCAGCGGCGCGCCCGUGGUCAAGGAGUGGGUGGACGUGGUGUCAGUUCCCCUCAUGAUGGGAUACGUGACGCGAUACGUUUUAGGAACUGAUAAGCUAAGACCUGGUGCUUUUGAGGUGAGAGGCGCACGGCCUCACCAGACGACGGGCGUGAUUCACGCGGAAGACCCCGCGUCGUUGUCGCAUUGGCUCAAGAGCAUUUCAGACAACAUCGUGGGCCUGACGAACCUACAGAUGAAGCUGUUCAACCGUGCGCUACCAGCGGGCGAGCGCAUUGAAUACAUGGGCUGGGUGCACGAAGGUGUGGUGUCGGCGGCGCAGCCCUGGCAGACCUACCGGCCCAAGUUCCUCGUGCUCAAGGGCACCGACGUCAUGCUGUUCGACACGCCGCCGAUGAACAUCACGGAGCUGACCAAGUGCCCGGAGGUGCUGAAGGUGUACCAGACGAUGUUCCGCACGGUCAAGGAGAGCGAGACGGUGGACUGGCGCCAGCACUGCUUCCUGGUGCAGAGCGGCGCUGGGCCCGGCGCGGGCCCCGGCGUGGGCCCCGGCGUAGGCCCGGGCGGCGCGGGCCCGCGCUACUUCAGCGCCGAGACGCGCCAGGACCUGCUGCGCGUGGAGGCCGCCUGGACCGCCAACAUCGUCAACGCCGUCGUGCGCCUCGGGAAAAAGACAUUCACAGUGGUGCACGGCGGGCGCGCGGCUGGCCUCACGCUGGACUGGACGGGCGGCUUCUCGCUUAGCGAGGGCACGCCCGGCGCGCCCCCUGUCUGGUCUUACAGGUUUUCCCAACUACGAGGCUCAAGUGAUGACGGGAAGUCGAAAUUGAAACUCCACUUCCAGGACGCGGAGACGAAACUUAUCGAAACUAAGGAGCUGGAGUGCCAGAUCCUGCAGAGCCUGCUGUUCUGCAUGCACGCAUUCCUCACGGCCAAGGUGGCGUCGGUGGACCCCGCCUUCCUCGCGUCCAUCCAGCAGUCCAACUAGCGCCUGACAGUGGCGGCCCGUAUAAUACUUAGCUCCUACUUCAGGCGGCUUCUAGUGGCGUGGGCAGUAUGUGCCGCGGUGUGGCAGCGUGUAUACCCUUCGGUCAGUCAAUUGAUAACACUUAUGAGUCAAUUGAGCAGGUUUUAAAAAUCGCUAAGAGAUUUUUAUUUACGAAAAACUAUCUUGUAUGCAGUGUUGCUUUUAUUAUAGUUUUAUAUGAUAUUUACUAUUGAUUUCAAUAAUUAAUAUUGAAUUGAAAAUAAAAUUAAUUAUAUCGCCUAAAUUCAUCUGGUAACUGAAACAGCGAAUGUUGAAAGACUUUUAGAUUUUAACUUGACUCCACUGUUGUUUCUUCUACAGAUCUAUUUUUGAAUUUUAUCUCGAUUGUUAUAGGGGUCGGUUUUGUGCGCCCGCUCUGUAGGCCUAAGAUGCGCGCCGUGAUAACUUUUAUCGACGUCAAAAUGUAUGGGUAAAAUCGAUAAAAUGGCGUGAUAACCGCUUAUCGCGGCGCGCAUCUUAGGCCUUCUGGGCAUAUUUGACCCUUCGUCUUCCUUGUACAUUCCCUCUCGUCUUUAAGAUCUAUCUUACGGUUUGCUUGGACUUUCAACUUUAAACCUAAUACUCAUUCCCAUAAAGUCUCAUUCAUCGAAUCGUCACGUGUGUUAGGAGUGUUAAAAUUGCCAGACAAAUAAUAUAUUUAAUCGUGUGAUUAGGAGAAGUCUUAUCUUCGAGUAGAAUGAUGUGAAAGUAAUCUUAAUAUAAAGGAACGAAAAAAAAAUGAUGGGAAUAACGGUUGUUUUUCUACAAUAAUGCGAUGUUCAAAAUAUAAAGCUCACUUUUUGUAUGUAGGAUUUUUUUAGAACUCUUAUCGUAAGAUUCUAGCUAAUCUAUGCUGCUAAAUUAUGAAGACUUCUAUUAUUUUUAGUUUAUAAUUACGCGAGCUACUUUGGCCUAACUUAAGCUGAUAUUUUUAAAAUUAAUCUCAUGUAAUUUUAUGGUUUCUAUAGAUUUAUUAUGCUUAUGAAAUAUCCGUUUUCCCCGUUUUUCUGAAAUCUCACCAGUAAUAAUAAUACCAAAGAUUUAAUCUUCAGAUGAAUCUUUUACUCAUUUGUAAUGUGAUAAAAAUGGAUUAUCAAUUAAAGUAUUAUUUUAAUUACAGAGGCUAAUCUGGACUGAUAUUAUCGCUACCAAAUAGUAUUGUUUACAUCAUGUCUAACAUUUGCGGUAAUAUAAUUAUAUAAAAUAUUAUGAAAAUAAACUUUGCGCUUGCGUCAUAUCAUUAACUUUAAGUGAAAAUUAUAGAUCUUAUAUUAUAUUGCUAUACGUUAUGGAUAUAUGCGAAAAAAUUGUGUUAUAUAUUUGUUUGUUAACACAUAUUUGAUAUUUUAUCUUGAACCAUCUGCCCGAUACAAAAUGGCUUGAAUAUAAAUAGAUAUUAUUAUCUUUUAUUAUAUUAUGGAACUUAUAUAUUACGUAGAUAUUAUUAUACUUUAGUUGUUAGUUCUUUAGUGUGUUUUGAGAGAGGUCUUUCCCUCGACACAAAGUUGUGAAAAUGUCUGUAGGCGAUAUUAUUUUAGAGUUUACCUGUGAAGUAUAUUGCAUGCCUUUUUGACGGCUCCAAAUUAUUAGAAAAUUAUAGCAAUAGAAUUGUGUUAUGUCAAACAUGAUUUUGAUUAUUAAUUAUUGCGAAGGAUUACAAUUGUAGAGCGUGACAUGUUGACUUCAACUUGUUAUCUGCCACAAUUCUAUCGUUAUGUUAUUAUAAAUUCUAUGUGACGUUCGACAGCACAUCAGACUAUUAAUUGUUGUCGUUAAUAAGCACUUAUUUGAACUACGUUAAGGUGCCACAGUGCUUAAGUUGUGCUGCCGUCACACAAAGAAGUUAGAAAAUAACUUAAAUUCCUUUUUCGUCUGUAUAUCUCUGCCAUGACAGCACUCAUACCAUCCUCUUCUCGAUAUGUGUGGGAGAGAUGGACAGACAAAACAUACACGAAGAGCAUUUGGGAGCUGGUCCUACUGAAUAUUUCUUUUAGAGAGAGUUUCCUGACUUCUACGAAAGAUGAAAAUAUGAAUUUGAUGGUAUUUGAGAACCCUUCAAUUGUUCAUGCAUCAAAAACAUUAUAAUAAACAAUUUCUUCAAUGCAUGAACAUAACCAGAAUGACGUAUUUAUAUGUAUUUACCGAUAUACUUUUUAUUUCUAGAAUAUAAACGUUAUAUUAUGUGGGUAGUGAAUAAAUCAACUUUAAAUAAACAAAAUAAUUGGUAAAUAUAAUUAUGAAUGAACGAUGAAAAUCGAAUUAUGUACGUUUAAAAUGGUUUCUCUUUAU